AUGCUGGCGCCCCGGCUGCGCGCGCUUCAGCUGCUGCUCCUGCUGGGCGCGUCGUGGGCGCAGGCGGGCGCCCCGCGCUGCACGUACACUUUCGUGCUGCCGCAGCAGAAGUUCAGUGGCGCGGUAUGUUGGAGUGGGCCUGCAGCCUGGCGGCCGACGCCCGAGGCGGUGAACGCCAGCGAGGUAGCCGCGCUGCGCGUGCGCGUGGGCCGCCACGAGGAGCUGCUGCGCGAGCUGCAGCGGCUGGCAGCGGCCGAUGGCGCUGUGGCCGGCGAGGUGCGCGCUCUCCGCAAGGAGAGCCGCGGCCUCAGCGCGCGUCUGGGACAGCUGCGCGCGCAGCUGCAACACGAGGCUGGUCCGGGGGCGGGCCCGGGCCCGGGGGCGGAGCCCGCCGCAGCCCUGGCACUGCUCGGCGAGCGCGUGCUCAACGCGUCGGCCGAGGCACAGCGUGCCGCCGCCCGCUUCCACGAGCUGGACGUCAAGUUCCGUGAGCUGGCGCAGCUGGUCAGUCAGCAGAGCGGCCUCAUCUCCCGCCUGGAGCGCCUGUGCCCGGGGGGCAUAGGCGGGCAACAGCAGGUCCUGCCCCCACCUCUGGUGCCCGUGGUUCCAGUCAGUCUGGUGGGGGGCACCAAUGACAGCAGCAGAAGGCUGGAUCCAGCCCCAGAGCCCCAGAAAGACCACACUCUGAGACAGCAGGGGCCGUUAGCCUCUCCCAGGCCCGCAGAGCACCCUGUAGCUUCCACCAAGCCAGCAGGCCCAUGGCAGGACUGUGCAGAGGCCCACCAGGCAGGCCAUGGGCAGAGUGGAGUGUAUGAGCUGCGGCUGGGGCGGCAUGUGGUAUCAGCCUGGUGUGAGCAACAGCUGGAGGGUGGUGGCUGGACCGUCAUCCAGCGGCGGCAAGAUGGCUCUGUUAACUUCUUCACUACUUGGCAGCACUACAAGGCAGGCUUUGGGCGGCCUGAUGGGGAAUACUGGCUGGGCUUGGAGCCCAUGCACCAAUUGACCAGCCGUGGGGACCAUGAGCUGCUCGUGCUCCUGGAAGACUGGGGGGGCCGUGGGGCACGCGCCCACUAUGAUGGCUUCUCCUUGGAACCUGAGAGUGACCACUACCGCCUGCGGCUCGGCCAGUACCACGGGGAUGCUGGCGACUCUCUCUCCUGGCACAAUGAUAAGCCCUUCAGCACUGUGGAUAGGGACCGAGACUCCUAUUCUGGUAACUGUGCCCUGUACCAGCGGGGAGGCUGGUGGUACCACGCCUGUGCCCACUCCAACCUCAAUGGUGUGUGGCACCGUGGUGGCCACUACCGCAGCCGCUACCAGGAUGGCGUCUACUGGGCCGAGUUCCGUGGUGGGGCGUACUCUCUCAAGAAGGCUGCCAUGCUGAUCCGGCCCCUGAGGCUGUGA